AAAGGCAAGAAAGGCUGGAAAUAAUUGUGGUAGGAGUGAUGGAUGGAGCAGCAUUCUCAUUUGGAAUGGGAACGCAAGCAAAGGCUACCAAAAGAAAAUACCAGACGUCCAGUGAGGCUCCCCCAGCAAAACGGAGGAAUGAGGCAUUAUUUCUCCCAACCAAGAAAACUUGUGUUAAAGAAACUCAAAUGAAUUUUAAAGGAAAGGCACAAAAAACAUUUUCUCCAAAGAAGUACUCGGCUAGCACAAGUGACAGAAACCAAGAGGAGAAACCAUGCAUUAAGACUUCAUCAUUGUUUAAAAACAACCCUGAAAUUCCGGAACUCCACAGACCUGUAGUAAAGCAGGUGCAAGAAAAAGUGUUUACUUCAGAUGCCUUUCAUGAACUGGGCCUCCACCCACAUUUAAUUUCCACAAUAAAUAUGGUAUUAAAAAUGUCUAGUAUGACCAGAGUUCAGAAGCAAAGUAUUCCUACAUUGCUGGAAGGCAGAGAUGCUCUUGUGCGAUCCCAGACGGGUUCAGGUAAAACUCUUGCCUAUUGCAUCCCUAUGGUCCAGUCCCUUCAAGCAAUGAAGUCAAAAAUACAACGCAGUGAUGGCCCCUAUGCUUUGGUACUAGUGCCAACGAGAGAGCUGGCUCUACAAAGCUUUGACAUUGUCCAGAAACUGCUUAAGCCAUUUACCUGGAUUGUGCCUGGAGUAUUAAUGGGAGGAGAGAAGAGAAAAUCAGAAAAAGCCAGACUCCGCAAAGGAAUAAAUAUCCUUAUCUCAACUCCUGGACGUCUGGUGGAUCACAUAAAAUCCACAAAGAACAUUCAUUUUAGUCGGAUACAGUGGCUGGUUUUGGACGAAGCAGACAGAAUCUUGGAUUUGGGUUUUGAAAAGGAUCUCACAGUCAUACUCAAUGCUGUAAACGCCGAAUGCCAGAAACGACAGAAUGUCUUGCUGUCAGCGACACUCACAGAAGGUGUAGCAUGGCUAGCCGAUAUCAGUUUACACAAUCCAGUCAGUAUUUCUGUCCUGGACGAAAGCCAUGACCAGUUUAACCCAAAGGGCACUGUGAUCCAAGAAGUCUCUUCUCCGCAAACUAGCGACAAGCGGGACAGCUUUGCAAUACCAGAGAGUCUCACUCAGUAUGUGGCAUUGGUUCCUAGCAAACUGAGACUCGUCACUCUAGCGGCCUUCAUCCUUCAGAAAUGCAAGUUUGAGAAAGACCAGAAGACGAUUGUCUUUUUCUCAAGUUGCGAGCUGGUGGAGUUCCACUACAAUCUCUUCCUUGAGACCUUGCUGAGCAGCACAGGGGCCCCGGCAUCAGGGUCCUCACCAUCUGCCUCCUCGCGAUUAAAAUUCCUGCGGCUGCAUGGCAACAUGGAGCAGGAGGAAAGAACAGCAGUAUUUCAGGAAUUCUCACAUUCCAAAAGAGGUGUCCUUCUUUGUACGGACGUUGCAGCUCGGGGCUUAGAUCUCCCUCAUGUCACCUGGAUUGUUCAGUACAACGCUCCGUCUUCACCUGCAGAAUACAUCCACCGGAUUGGAAGAACCGCCCGGAUUGGCUGCCGUGGGAGCAGCCUGCUCAUUUUGGCUCCUUCAGAGGCAGAAUAUGUCAACUCGUUGGCUUCUCACAAAAUCAACAUUUCUGAGAUUAAGAUGGAAGAUAUUUUGUCUGUUCUGACAAAGGAUGAUUGUUUUAAACGAAGACAGUGGGAAAACCAGAAAUCCCACGCUGUUGGUCCCCAGGAAAUCCGAGAGCGAGCCACGGUCUUGCAGUCAGUAUUUGAAGAUUAUGUGCACUCCAGUGAGAGGAGGGUCUCCUGGGCAAAGAAAGCUCUGCAGUCCUUCAUCCGAGCCUACGCCACCUACCCCAGGGAGUUGAAGCCCAUCUUCCAUGUCCGAUCCCUCCACCUUGGGCAUGUGGCUAAGAGCUUUGGGCUAAGGGAUGCCCCCCAAAAUCUUAGUGUCUCAGCUGUAAAGAAGAGGAAAGCAAAACUGAAAAGGCCUGACCUUCAUAAGAGGACCGAGAGUAAACACCGCCUUGCUGAAAUUUUGCGUUCAGAAUACUCAAGUGGGAUGGAGGCGGGCGUCGCCAAGGUCAAAAGCAGAGCCGGCGUGGGAAGACCAGCAGCCCGCCGCCGCAGCGCACUACCGAGCCUCGGCCUGAGGAAAAAGUGAAAACGUGCUCCAUGAAACAGAUCCGCAAGGUGCUGACCUACGGGAGACCAGGUCGUGCUCAGCCCGGGAGGGGUCUGAGUCCUGCCACAGAACAACGUUCUGAAGAAGUUUGACAGCUUGACUUCAACCUUAUUGAUGCAUAUAUUGGCAUGAAUUUUGUAAAGUGGGAUGUUAAAAACUGGAAUUGAACUUAUACAAGAGAAAAAAAUA